AUGCAAUAAUAACAAGACACUGAGCUUAAAUAUUAGGCACCUGAAGAAAAAUUUAAAAAAAUUUUUGAGGACUAUAAAAAGAAACAUGAAGAGAAUAUGAUAUUUGAUACAGAUGAACUAACAUCGAUUUACAAUGAGCUUCAAAAGAAGAAGAUAUACUUAACAUCUUACAUUUCACAAGGCGGUAAUGGAUGUGUUUUUGAGGCUAAGUAUAAUGAAGAAAUAGUUGCUGUCAAAUGUAGCAAACCUAAAUUCUAAAAAAUCAAAGAAGAAGAAAAAAUAAUGAAAUUUUUAAAGGAUACUCCUUAUGUCUUUAAAUCUAUCGAAGAGUUUUUAAAUGAAAAAAAAACAAAAUACUAUCAGAUUUCUAAAAAAUAUUAAUGUGAUUACGGAGAGUCUAAAUUAUUUAAAGAAGGAUCAAAAACUUACAAUCUCAAAGGAUUUACAAGAAAGUAUGCAGCUCCUGAAAUAACAGAUGAUAACGGUUUCUUCAAAAUCUAAUAUGAUAUUUAUGGCUUAGGAAUUAUUCUUCUUGAAUUAACCCUUGGAAAGUUUCUUGAAGAUGGAGAUUGUACUUUUAUCAGAAAAGGAAAAUUACCUAACUAUCUAAGCAAAAACGCUUUAUAUUAAGAUAUUAACUAAAUUAUUAUUAAAAUGCUUGAAAUUUUGCCUAAUAAUAGAAUCGAUUCUUUAGGACUAACUAAGCAAUUAAAUGAAGUAAGACUAAAAUUAGAAAGUUAGUUCAUUUAUGCGGUAAAGGACAAAUUGGAUUUUACUGAAUCUAAUUUGAUGAUUUCAAAAUUCAGACAAUCUUUUCUUAAAUUUAACUACACAAGCAAACAAAAUGAAGUCAGAUUAGAUGAGUACAAAUUUAGAGGUUACAGUAAUCUCUCUAAAUUCGAGGAAUUCAAGGAAUGUAUUGCAAAAAGGUUAGUUCAUCACUUAGAUCUUGAUUUCAGGGAGAAUUACCUUGGUGCAGAUGGAGCUAAGAACAUUGGAAUGAGCUUGGAGAAGUGCCAAAAUAUAACAUCUUUGAAUCUCAAUCUAUCGAGUAAUGAGCUUGGUGCAGAUGGAGCUAAGAACAUUGGAAUGAGCUUGGAGAAGUGCCAAAAUAUAACAUCUUUGAAUCUCGAUCUAUGGAAUAACAAGCUUGGUGCAGAUGGAGCUAAGAACAUUGGAAUGAGCUUGGAGAAGUGCCAAAAUAUAACAUCUUUGAGUCUCAAUCUAGGGGAGAAUAACCUUGGUGCAGAUGGAGCUAAGAACAUUGGAAUGAGCUUGGAGAAGUGCCAAAAUAUAACAUCUUUGAAUCUCAAUCUAGAGGAGAAUAACCUUGGUGCAGAUGGAGCUAAGAACAUUGGAAUGAGCUUGGAGAAGUGCCAAAAUAUAACAUCUUUGAGUCUCAAUCUAUCGAGUAAUGAGCUUGGUGCAGAUGGAGCUAAGAACAUUGGAAUGAGCUUGGAGAAGUGCCAAAAUAUAACAUCUUUGAAUCUCUAUCUAUGGUAAUUUAACUAACUAUCAAUUUAUUUAGUUUGUUUUAAUUAAUACAUUUGUGAAAUUGAAACUUAAAACAAAUGGGUUUGGAGAAUUAAUUGA